UAGCUAAUACCAACUGCAACCAACACAGUGAAGUCAUUGCCGCUAUUCUUCCAUCCCCUCAUAGCUUAGAAAGCCCGACCUUCGAUAAUGGCCCUGGUACCUUACAAUAAGGCUGUCAACCCAACAAGCAGAGGAGCCGGUCAUAAUCGCCCUCCUCUGCUUAAACAAGGGCGUGACGGACAUCGUCAAUUUUCGACAACAGCAGAUGACAGUGCAUUGGUCAACCAAAUUAUGCUUACCGAUAAGUCUCAUGACCAUCCCUACGAAGUGCCUCCUCUUGCAGUCACGCAAAUUCUUCAAACCAUUGAGGCCAUUCUUUCGCGCGUCACCAAACCUGACAUUCAUGAUGGCAUUCUAGUCCCGGGAGCAUUAGCGCCGGCAGCUACACACGCGGAGCAUGAGAAGGCUCUCCAUGCUAACCUGAGUACCCUCCACGACAGCGUUGAUGUUCCACACAGCGUGUUCAAUGCAAUUCACUCCGCGUUAAUGUGCACAUUUGCGCAAGGGGAAGAUGCAAACAAGACAACAAUGGACAUACUAGACAUUGUGCAACACUACGAUUGGGAUGAAAAGGCGGUGCUUGCCUUGGGAGCAUUUGCGAUCAAAGAUGGCGAGUUUUGGCUCGUGUCUCAGCAAUACACCACCAACCCACUCGCCAGAGCGGUUGGACAGCUUAAGCAACUGCAAGAGAUCUUGGAACGUGCAGGGACUAUUUUGAAACCGAAGUUCGAUGCAUACAACAAUCUGGUUGGGGCCAUUUUCAAAGUGACCAAGACCAUUGUUCGCUUACAGGAGAUUCACAACGAUCCCCAUUUGAGCCCCGAAAUCAAAGCUACAGCUGCCACUGCUCAGAUCCCCACAGCUGUUUACUGGACAAUUCGGGCUAUUGUAGUUGCCGCAUCACAACUUGUGGGAAUCACAAGCUCCGAGCCAGAGUACAUGACAGAGGCGUGGGAACUAUCAUCACUGGCCCAUAAGCUCGAAAACAUAUUCAAACACCUUGAAGAGAUCCUCGACGGAUUAUAUCAACUCAUCCAGAAGAACAAAGAAGAGGAAGCUUUCAACGCAAUUGCGCGCAUCUUGGAAACACCGCACAUGGAUAACUCGAAGCCUCUGAGGGUUUUGUUUUACAAGGAUGAUCAGCCUGCACUAUAUGAUGGCUACAACAAGAAGAGGGUUGACAUUGAUGUGCUAAAGAGGAAAGUAGUGAUUCUGUUCAUCACAGACCUAAACGUUGUCCACGAAAAUGAGAACACAAUUGUCCAACAAAUGUACUUGGAAAAGGGACACAACCCUACAAGGCCGGAGAGCCAAUACGAGGUUGUGUGGGUUCCAAUUACGGAUGAAUGGACUGAAGUCAAGUACCAGCAAUUCGAGAGUCUAAGAAAUAGCAUGCAAUGGUACACCGUGUUCCACCCUUCUGUAGUGUCUCCGAUUGUGGUCAGGUACAUCAGGGACCCGAGGAAGUGGAAUUUUGCCAAGAAGCCUCUGCUUGUUGUGAUGGAUCCUCAAGGCAAAAUUGUGCACCAGAAUGCUGUUCACAUGAUGUGCAUUUGGGGGAGCAUUGCCUUCCCCUUCACUAGCCAGAGAGAGAGAUUGCUUUGGGAAGAAGAAACCUGGAGGAUCGAGCUUUUGGCUGAUGCCAUCCAUCCAAACUUAACUACUUGGAUUACGGAGGGGAAGUACAUUUGCUUGUAUGGCGGAGAAGACAUCGAGUGGAUCCGAAAGUUCACAAAGGCUGCGAGAAACGUGGCUAGUGACGCCGGCAUUCAGUUGGAAAUGCUAUAUGUGGGGCGGAGCAAGGCUAAGGAGAACGUAAUGAAUAACAUCAUAAAAAUCAUCCAAGCUGAGAAGCUAAGCCACACCCUUGACUGGAACCUCAUUUGGUUCUUCUGGAUUCGUCUCGAGAGCAUGUGGCAAUCCAAAGGACAACUUCUAAGUGAGCAAGGCAAAACCCAAUCCCGAACUGAUCCUUUGAAAAGCGAUCCUAUGAUGCAGGGGAUCAUAUCGCUGCUGAGCUUUGGCUCGAGCGACCGCGGAUGGGCAGUGAUCAGCCUAGGCUCCGCUGCCAUGUCCAAGGCAAAUGGAGAGCACAUGUUGAAAAGCUUGAGCGAGUUUAACGACUGGAAAAAUAGGUCAUCUGAAGUAGGGUUCACGCCGGCCCUGAAUGAACACCUAGAAGGGGUGCACAGACAAGCUCCACACCACUGCACCAGUCUUAUUUUGCCCGCAACCGGAAUCAUGCCCGAGACGGUGGCGUGCGCUGAGUGCGGCCGUGUCAUGGAGAGGUUCUCCAUGUUCCGCUGCUGCCUCGAUUGAGCUUGAGCUCAAAAGGCACCAGUUUGAUUUCUACAUACAUUCGUUUACAUAUUUAUAUGCUGCUGCUACCUUGGUACCGGUACCAUCCAUGGUUAUCAGGGGGCCUUAUUUGUGUGAAUGUAGUGCGUGUUGCUGUACAAUAUUUGUAUCUUCCACUUCCAACUUUUAUCUUCGGUUAUCACACUCCCGUUUUAUUUUCGGUUAAAUCAAAUGAACAGAGCGAUUACCAAAAAAAUACAAACUUAGGGGCUUCAGUGUGUGUAACAUUCAGAUCAUUGGCACUAAGGUCUCACCGAAAUCCGCUAAGAUAUUAAAAAAUUUCAUCAUAAGCCCAAUUUGGAGGAAAAA